AUGCCUGAGCAACUCCACUCUACCGGCCGUGGUGGCGCCGGGAACAUUGGCGAGGACACGACUCAGUAUGUCGACGGAGGUAUCACGCGCGAAGGUGUACUGGGAGAGUCGUCCCGAGGCGAGUACAGCGCAGGGCGCGGCGGAGCUGGCAACAUGAUCGAGUCUCCAAGAACCGGCACACCUGUCGCACAUUCUCAGGAUGUAGUGACUGAGCCCUCCAUGAGGACGGCAGAAGGGCAUGAGAACUUCCACACCGGUCGAGGUGGAGGCGGUAACGUGCACAAAGACAAAUAUGGUGGACACAGCCAUGCGCAGGGCGGCGAGCAGAGCAAUAUUGUGGACAAGGCUAAACAUGCCCUUGGUAUGGAUAAGAAGAAGGAGCAUGAGCACACGACGACAACACAAUGA